AUGGCAACGGGGCGGCUGCCGGUUUGGGCGCUGGUGCAAAUACGCCCACGAGGCUGGCCCUCUAAUUCCCCAAAGCUGCCACGACCGUUCGACCCAUCAGAGGCAUCAGCAGGAGAGGGUGAAGCAAGAGAUGCCACUGCAAGGGCAAUUCGCAAUCUUGCACUUCAUCAAGUCGGCCAGGUCCCGCGUUCUACAGCGCGUUCCCCGCGGGACCAGGCCCGGCUUGAGGUGGCGGCGCCAAUUCCAGACUUUUUCGACACGAUCGAGGAGGAGAGAGUUGACGUGGACUUGUCCCAAACCAUGAGCGAGGAGGACAACACCAGCUUCUUUUCCAGAAACUCGUGUCCGAACCAGUGA